AUGUCCGAGCACCGUGGGCUUAAUCUCAGUGAUCCAUCCACCGGAUCAGAUGCCUCUUAUAUCACUCGCAACGCCAGGAUCGCGGAAAUCUAUUUGAAUGCCACACAGCUUGAGCAACUCCCGGACACAGUUAUUCUUGAGCGAUGCUUGAGUCUAAGAUCUGUCAUAUCUACAACCUCAACUUUCAGCCAGCUUCUCCAAACCGCGCGGAAACGACCACACCUGCAACAGAUAAAUCAGAUCGGAGUUGGCUUACAGGGUGUUGUUUUUGAAAGGGUUGGAAAAGAGUCUGCCUUGAAGAAGGAAAAACCAGGAAAUGAAAGUCGCUCGUCAAACUUGAGGAAGGAGUACACAAUCCACUGUCAGGUUUCGGCGGCAUUCGAGCGCUACCAACUUCUCACAAACUCGGAAACCUUGGUACCUAAGGCAUUUCGCUUCAUACCUAAGACAGGCGAGGAGUUGUUCUGGGAGGAGUUGUUGCCAAAGCUCCCACAAGAGUACCGCACUCGAGAUAACUCUAUGCUCUUGCAACGCAUUCUGCCUCUACCGAAAGUUGUUCGCCGCGCGUUGAUCAACAAGUUUAUCACUACGGAUGUUUCGCAAGCGAGAACCUUACUUGCAGAUCCGAGAAACAAGCACUGCCUAGCUAGAGUGUACCUUGGAAAAGAAAAUGGCACUUUGAGUCACGAGUCUCCCCUGAGAAACUUUCCUAUGUACCUCGACAACAUGAAGGAAAUCGGUAUCGACACGAUCAAGCUUGCCAACGCUCUUGCCGAGCAACGACUGCGCGGGAACCCACCAGACUUUCAGCACCGAGCAGUUUGUCUUUUCCUGCUUGACUUCGGUCAGUGUGACAUCGUCGACCUGAGUCAGGAAAGUGAGACUGUCUACCAGGCUUUCAAAGGAGCGAUGGUUACCGGUGAUAAUCAAUAUUUUAUCCCACACGCGAACCAACCCGAGUUGUUUGCUGCCUUCAAAGAGGGAUAUUCUGCAGCCGGAACAAUUAUUCUCGCCGACAAGCGCCUUGAAUCAAAAUUCGACAUGAAGGAGUUUAUACAGCAAUACGAAGAGUACGCCGAGGAUUUUCUUUAUUAG